GUGACCAUAGCCAAGGGCUACGCCCCGCCCCUCGCAUCUGUGAUUUCCCCAGGGGAGGGAGAGGGCUGGGAGGCGAGAUUGCCUUUGACGUUGAUUGGUCCUUUGCGGUCUCCGUCUUGGUCGUUGCCAACCACCUGAGCGAACAUGGCAACCGGCGCCGCCCGGAGGGACGCGGCAAUGACAGCGGCUGGAGGGGCCCGGGGCAGCUCUGCCGCCUGGUAAUGGAGUCGGCCGGGACCGAGCCCGAGAGCUGCCCCCCGGCCCCGGAGCCGCCAGGGUCCCCGGCCCUCCCCGCCGAGGAGCCGGAGCGGAGCGAGGCCGCCCCGGAGCCCCAGCAGGAGGCCGAAGGGGUCCCCCCGCCGGCUCAGGGCAGGAGGCCCAGCGGCCCGGGCUCCAAGGGUCAGGCCAAGCGGUGCGGUGCGGGGAAGGGGGGCCGGGCCAAGCGGGGCUCGACCCGCCGUGCCGGGGAGGAGGGAGGCCGGCCCGCCCGGCGGGCCCAUGUCACCGUGGACAGCUCCAAGGCCAAGACCUCGCUGGAGGCGCUGAAGCUCAGCUUGCGGCAGCUCCGCUGGAGGGAGUUUCCAUUUGGUCGGCGCUUGCCCUGUGAUAUCUAUUGGCAUGGGGUAUCGUUUCAUGAUAAUGACAUAUUCUCAGGUCAAGUCAACAAGUUUCCAGGCAUGACAGAAAUGGUGCGUAAAAUUACCCUGAGUCGGGCAGUGCGAACAAUGCAGGAUCUAUUUCCUGAAGAGUACAACUUCUAUCCCCAUUCAUGGAUUCUGCCAGAAGAGUUUCCCCUCUUUGUUGCUGAGGUUCGCAUGAUGAAAGAGAGUGAUCCACCCUGGAAGCCCACUUUCAUUGUGAAACCUGAUGGCGGGUGUCAAGGGGAUGGAAUCUACCUCAUUAAAGACCCCAGCGACAUUAGACUGGCAGGAAAUCUACAGAGCCGGCCAGCUGUAGUCCAGGAAUAUAUCAGCAAACCGCUGCUGAUUGACAAACUGAAAUUUGAUAUUCGUCUAUAUGUCUUACUGAAAUCUUUAGAACCAUUAGAGAUUUAUAUAGCCAAAGAUGGACUCUCUAGAUUUUGUACAGAGCCGUAUCAAGAACCCACCCUGAAAAACUUGCACCAGGUUUUUAUGCACUUAACCAACUAUUCACUGAAUAUUCAUAGUGGGAACUUCAUCCAUUCUGACAAUGUAAACACUGGCAGCAAAAGGACUUUUUCAAGCGUUCUUUACAGACUGUCUUCCAAAGGGGUUGACAUCAAGAAACUGUGGUCAGAUAUAAUUUCAUUGGUGAUUAAGACUGUUAUUGCACUGACUCCAGAGCUGAAAGUUUAUUACCAAUCUGAUAUACCAGCUGGAAAGCCUGGGCCAACUUGCUUCCAGAUUUUAGGAUUUGACAUUCUCCUAAUGAAAAAUUUGAAGCCUGUGUUACUUGAAGUAAAUGCAAACCCCAGCAUGAGAAUAGAACAUGAGCAAGAGCUUUCUCCAGGAGUGUUUGAAAAUGUCCCAAGCCCCGUUGAUGAAGAAAUAAAAGUAGCUGUCAUCAGAGAUACCCUUCGUCUAAUGGACCCGUACAAAAAGAAGAAAAAAGAUAAUCACCUUCCAGAUACCUGUAUGGACUCAAAGCAAAGAUUUCCUCCAAUCUCAAGCAGAUUGCCACGAUCAAAUCUGCAGUUUUCAAAGUUUGCAAUAGUCAGAUCUCAACUGUCUGAGAAUGCGGCAGACACAAAAGAUGAACUAUUGGAACCAGGAUCAACAGACCAAUUGGAACAUAUCAGCAAAAAUCCUGAAGCCAGCUUACCCUCCCUUUGUCUCAAGCAAGUGUUUCCAAAGUAUGCCAAACAGUUCAACUAUCUACGACUGGUGGACAGAAUGGCUGCAUUGUUUAUCCGAUUCCUUGGAGUAAAAGGGACAAUGAAGUUGGGGCCAACAGGUUUCCGAACAUUUAUAAGGAACUGCAAGCUGAGUAACAGCAAUUUUUCAAUGGCUUCCGUGGAUAUUCUGUACAUCGAUAUCACAAGAAGGUGGAAUAGUAUGGGACUAGACCAAAGAGAAUCAGGGAUGUGCUUGCAAGCCUUCGUAGAAGCUUUCUUUUGCCUGGCUCAGAGAAGAUACAAGUCACUCUCACUUCAGGAGCAAGUGGCAUCAUUGAUUGAUUUCUGUGAAUACCAUCUAGCCAUCCUCGAUGAAAAGCGCCUGGUUUGCAGCCGAGGAAUAACGGAACGCCGAGCAGCGCUGGUUACCUGUCAGCCAGAUGGACUCCACCUCACCGCAGCUACUCAUGCGCCUCUCCUGAACCGCAUGACUGCUGCCAAUAAACUUACAGAUUAUAGAAAUCAUCGGUCUUGAUGAGCGCUAUCAAGGAAAAAAGACAAUGACAGGGCUGGAAACUGAUCCCUGAACACAUGCUGCAGGAGGUGAAACACAGGCUCUUGCGUUCUUCCAUCUGACAGUCACUGUUAUUUAUUACAGCUUUCCCUGAUUUAUGCUCUUCAGAAAUUACUAUUGCAAACUUCCCCUUCCACGUAAUGACUCUCAGUGGAAAUGGCUGUUAUUUAUUAUUUCCCCAGUGGACAUACAAAGUAGCUGAAAUGACAAACUGCGUCUUUCAUUCAGAGUUUAUAGAAAAUCAUUUAUGAAGACAAAGGGGCAAAAAUGCAAUGUUUAUGAUAACUGGCAUCAUGGGGUUGAUAGCACUGACUGAGAGGAGCAACCUCACUGAAGGAAUUUCAGCUUCAGUAAUGCCUAGGAGAAGCCAAUUUCUGCAACAUGUUUUUGAGCUGCGCUGUGUGUUCUGGACAUUGUUUUGAAACCAAGUAAGGAGAUGCAAACUGGCAUUUAUAAAUUGUGCGCUUUUUUUAAAAACUAAAAACCAAAAUUAUGCAUUUGAUCACA